AGUGGAGGCCAGUAAGGCCUUUCUAAUUAACAAACUCUCCAUCCUUUACGCAAAGAAUCCCAUUCUUUCUAUCUUCUUCUUCUCGCUUUUUGUCGUUUUAUGACGUAAAAUUAUAUAUAUUUAUAUGUUGUUGAUCCUUCUUCUAGUUUCUCCACAACAAAACCUUCCUUUUCAUUUUUUUUACGUACAUACUCUCUGUUUCUCUGCACGAAAAAGCGAGUUACAGAGUAACUGAGCGACACGAACUAGUUUUUAUCCCCCAACAAGAGUUUGCGUCAUGGCUAAUAUUGUGGAGCUGAAAGUGAAUUUGCAUUGCGAUGAGUGCAUCAGGAAAAUACUGAAAGCCAUUAAGAAAAUAGAAGAUAUAGAGACAUACGAUGUGGACACACAGCUCAACAAAGUGACAGUCACUGGGAAUGUAACAGAGGAACAAGUCAUUAGGGUUCUUCAAAAGGUGAGGAAAACUGCUGUAAAAUGGGACCAAGACAAUCAGACCCUCUAUCUGAACUAGAGUCUUUAUGGCUUUUCUCAAGUAUGUAGUAUUAUUAGUCUGUUCCCUAGGAAGUUAGUUAGGAUUAUAUGUAUCAUAUGUUUGCUCAAUUUUGGCCAUACAAGGGUUUUCUGUUGUAGAAUGCCUGAUAAUUAAAUACAAAACGGUAGAUAAAAAAAAAAAAAAAAA